AUGUUUUAUUUAUCUAUCAAUCUAUCUCUCUCUCAAUAUGUUUCAUUAUCUAUCAAUCUAUCUCUCUCUCUCUCAAUAUUUGAUUAUCUAUCUCUCUCUCUCUCUCUCAAUAUUUUCAUUAUCUAUCAAUCUAUCUCUCUCUCUCAAUAUGUUUCAUUAUCUAUCAAUCUCUCUCUCUCUCAAUAUAUUUCAUUAUCUAUCAAUCUCUCUCUCUCUCUCAUUAUCUAUCAAUCUAUCUCUCUCUCAUCUAUCAAUCUAUCUCUCUCUCUCUCAAUAUGUUUCAUUUAUCUAUCUAUCUAUCUCUCUCAAUAUGUUCAUUAUCUAUCAAUCUCUCUCUCUCUCUCAAUAUUUUCAUUUAUCUAUCAAUCUCUCUCUCUCUCAAUAUGUUCAAUAUCUAUCAAUCUCUCUCUCUCUCAAUAUGUUCAUUUUAUCUAUCUAAUCAAUCUCUCUCUCUCUCUCUAUUCUUAUCUAUCAAUCUCUCUCUCUCUCAAUAUUUCAUUAUCUAUCAAUCUCUCUCUCUCAAUAUUUCAUUAUCUUUCAAUCUCUCUCUCUCAAUCUGUUCUCUCUCUAUCAAUCUCUCUCUCUCUCAAUAUAUUUCAUUAUCUAUCAAUCUCUCUCUCUCUCUCCAAUAUGUUCAUUAUCUAUCAAUCUAUCUCUCUCUCUCAAUAUAUUUCAUUUAUCUAUCAAUCUCUCUCUCUCUCUCUCAAUAUUUUCAUUUUCAAUCUAUCUCUCUCUCUCAAUAUGUUUCAUUAUCUAUCAAUCUAUCUCUCUCUCUCAAUAUAUUCAUUUAUCUCUCUCAUCUCUCUCUCUCAAUAUUUCAUUAUCUAUCAAUCUAUCUCUCUCUCUCAAUAUAUUUCUAUAUCUAUCAAUCUAUCUCUCUCUCUCUCAAUAUAUUUCAUUAUCUAUCAAUCAAUCUCUCUCUCAAUAUUUCAAUUAUCUCUCAAUCUCUCUCUCUCUCUCUCUCCAAUAUCAAUUCAUUUAUCUAUCAAUCUAUCUCUCUCUCUCUCUCAAUAUGUUCUUUUAUCUAUCAAUCUAUCUCUCUCUCUCUCAAUAUGUUUCAUUAUCUAUCAAUCUCUCUCUCUCUCAAUAUGUUUCAUUAUCUCAUGCUCUCUCUCUCUCUCUCUCUCAAUAUGUUCAUUAUCUAUCAAUCUAUCUCUCUCUCAAUCUCUUCAUUUAUCUAUCAAUCUAUCUCUCUCUCUCUCUCAAUAUGUUCUCUCUCAAUCUAUCUCUCUCUCAAUAUGUUUCAUUAUCUAUCAAUCUAUCUCUCUCUCUCAUAUGUUCAUUAUCUAUCAAUCUAUCUCUCUCUCUCUCUUAUCUCAAUUCUCUCUCUCAUCUUUCAAUCUAUCUCUCUCUCUCUCUCAUAUGUUCAUUAUCUAUCAAUCUAUCUCUCUCUCUCAAUAUCUAUCUCUCUCUCUCAAUCUUUCCUCUCUCUCUCUCUCUCUCUCCAUUAUUUCUAUCUAUCUCUCUCUCUCUCUCUCAAUAUGUUUCAUUAUCUAUCAAUCUAUCUCUCUCUCUCUCAAUAUGUUCAUCUAUCUAUCAAUCUAUCUCUCUCUCUCAAUCUAUCUCUCUCAAUAUCUCUCUCUCUCUCUCUCUCUCAAUAUUUCAUUAUCUAUCAAUCUCUCUCUCUCUCUCAAUAUGUUCAUUAUCUAUCAAUAUAUCUCUCUCUCUCUCUCUCAAUCUAUCUAUCAUCUCUCUCUCUCUCCAAUGUUCAUUAUCUAUCAAUCUAUCUCUCUCUCUCAAUAUGUUUCAUUUUCUAUCAAUCUCUCUCUCUCUCAAUAUUUUCAUUAUCUAUCAAUCUCUCUCUCUCUCUCUCUCAAUAUGUUCAUUAUCUCUCUCUCUCUCUCUCUCUCUCUCUGUUCAUUAUCUAUCAAUCUCCUCUCUCUCUCUCUUUGUUUAUUAUCUAUCAAUCUAUCUCUCUCUCCAAUAUGUUCAUUAUCUAUCAAUCUCUCUCUCUCAAUAUUUCAUUAUCUAUCAAUCUCUCUCUCUCUCUCUCAAUAUGUUCUCUCUCUCUAUCAAUCUAUCCUCUCUCUCUCAAUAUCUUUCAUUAUCUAUCAAUCUCUCUCUCUCUCAAUAUGUUCAUUAUCUCUCUCUCUAUCUCUCUCUCUCAAUAUCUUCAUUAUCUAUCAAUCUCUCUCUCUCUCCAAUAUGUUCAUUAUCUAUCAAUCUAUCUCUCUCUCUCUCCAAUAUGUUUCAUUUAUCUAUCAAUCUAUCUCUCUCUCUCCAAUAUUUUCAUUAUCUAUCAAUCUAUCUCUCUCUCUCUCAAUAUGUUCAUUUUCUAUCAAUCUAUCUCUCUCUCUCAAUAUUUCAUUAUCUAUCAAUCUAUCUCUCUCUCUCUCCAAUUAUCAUCAAUCUCUCUCUCUCAAUCUCUCUCUCUCUCUCAAUAUCUUCUCUCUCAAUAUCAGUCAAUCUCUAUCAAUCUCUCUCUCUCAAUAUGUUCAUUAUCUAUCAAUCUAUCUCUCUCUCUCAAUAUAUUUCACUAUCUCACCCUCUCUCUCUCUCAAUAUGUUCAUUAUCUAUCAAUCUAUCUCUCUCUCUCUCUCAUAUGUUCAUUAUCUAUCAAUCUAUCCCUCUCUCUCUCUCAAUAUGUUCAUUAUCUAUCAAUCUAUCUCUCUCUCUCAAUAUGUUCAUUAUCUAUCAAUCUAUCUCUCUCUCUCCAAUAUGUUCAUUAUCUAUCAAUCUAUCUCUCUCUCUCUUCUCAAUCUCUCUUCAAUAUGUUCAUUAUCUAUCAAUCUCUCUCUCUCUCUCAGUAUAUGCAUUAUCUCCAAUCUCUCUCUCUCUCUCUCUCUCACUCUCUCUCUCUCUCUCCAAUCUAUCAUUAUCUAUCUCUCUCUCUCUCUCAAUAUUUCAUUAUCUCUCUCUCUCUCUCUCUCAAUAUGUUCAUUAUCUCUCAAUCUCUCUCUCUCAAUCUCUCUAUCUCUCUCUAUCUCUCAAUCUCCUCUCUCUCUCUCUCAAUAUAUUCUCUCUCUCUCUCUAUCAAUCUCUCUCUCUCUCUCUCAAUAUGUUCAUUAUCUCUCUCUCUCUCUCUCUCUCUCUCAAUAUUUCAUUAUCUAUCAAUCUCUCUCUCUCUCUCAAUAUGUUCAUUAUCUCUCAAUCUCUCUCUCUCUCAAUAUGUUCGCUCUCUCUCUCUCUCUCUCUCUCUCUCUCUCUCUCUCUCAUUAUCUCUCAAUCUCUCUCUCUCUCUCUCAAUAUCUCUCUCUCUCCCAUUUCUUUAUCUCAAUCUCUCUCUCUCUCUCUCUAUCUCCAAUCUUACACUCUCUCUCUCUCUCAAUAUGUUCUCAAUCUCCUCUCUCUCUCAAUAUAUAUUUCAUCUAUCUUUCUCUCUCUCUCUUCUCUAUGUUCUUAUCUCUCUCUCUCUCUCUCUCUCCCAUAUUACACUCUCUCUCUCUCUCUCUCUCCAAUAUGUUCAUUAUCUAUCUCUCUCUCUCUCUCUCUCAAUAUGUUCAUUAUCUCUCUCUCUCUCUCUCUCAUCUCUCCAUUUCAUUAUCUAUCAAUCUAUCUCUCUCUCUCUCCAAUAUUUCAUUCUCUCUCUCUCUCUCUCUCAUAUUUUCAUUAUCUCUCUCUCUCUCUCUCUCUCUCAAUAUUACUCUCUCUCUCUCUCAAUCUCUCUCUCUCUCUCAAUAUUACAUUAUCUAUCAAUCUCUCUCUCUCUCCCAAUAUCUCAUUAUCUAUCUCUCUCUCUCUCUCUCCAUAUAUUCAUUAUCUAUCAAUCUCUCUCUCUCUCCAAUAUUUUCAUUCUCUCUCUCUAUCUCUCUCUCUCCAAUAUGUUCAUUAUCUAUCAAUCUAUCUCUCUCUCUCUCUCCAUAUUUCAUUAUCUAUCUCUCUCUCUCUCUCUCUAUUUCAUUAUCUAUCAAUCUCUCUCUCUCUCUCAAUAUUACACUCGCUCUCUCUCUCUCUCAAUAUUACACUCUCUCUCUCUCUCUCUCCUCUCUAUUUAUCUAUCUAUCUCUCUCUCUCUCUCCCAUGUUAUUAUCUAUCAAUCUCUCUCUCAAUAUCUUCAUUAUCUAUCAAUCUAUCUCUCUCUCUCAAUAUGUUCAUCUCUAUCUCAAUCUCUCUCUCUCAAUAAUUUCAUUAUCUAUCAAUCUAUCUCUCUCUCCAUUAUCUAUCAAUCUCUCAUCUCUCAAUAUUUCAUUAUCUAUCAAUCUCUCUCUCUCUCAAUAUUUCAUCCUAUCUCUCAAUCUAUCUCUCUCUCUCUCUCUCUCUCAUUAUCUAUCAAUCUAUCUCUCUCUCAAUAUUACACUCGCUCAAUCUCUCUCUCUCAAUAUCUUUCAAUUAUCUAUCAAUCAAUCUCCAAUAUUCUCUAUCAAUCUCUCUCUCUCUCUCUCAAUAUCUUUCAUUAUCUCUCUCUCUCCAAUAUUCAUUAUCUCAAUCUCAAUCUCUCUCAAUAUGUUCAUUAUCUAUCAAUCUCUCUCUCUCAAUAUGUUCAUUAUCUAUCAAUCUCUCUAUCUCUCUCUCUCUCUCUCUCAAUAUCUAUCAAUCUAUCUCUCUCUCUCUCCAAUAUUACACUCUCUCUCUCUCUCCAAUAUUACACUCUCUCUCUCUCUCUCUCUCUCAAUAUUAUCAAUCUAUCAAUCUCUCUCUCUCUCAAUAUGUUUCAUCUAUCAAUCUCUCUCUCUCUCAAUAUUUCAUUAUCUAUCAAUCUAUCCUCUCUCUCUCUCAAUAUGUUCAUUAUCUAUCAAUCUAAUAUCUCUCUCUCAAUAUGUUCCAUUAUCUAUCAAUCUAUCUCUCUCUCUCAAUAUUAUUUCCAUUCCUCCUCUCUCUCCAAUAUCUCUCACUCUCUCUCAAUAUGUUCAUUAUCUAUCACUCUAUCUCUCUCUCAAUAUGUUCAUUAUCUAUCAAUCUAUCUCUCUCUCUCUCUCAAUAUGUUCAUUAUCUAUCAAUCUAUCUCUCUCUCAAUAUGUUCAAUAUCUAUCAAUCUAUCCCUCUAUCUCUCUCAAUAUGUUUGUUUAUCUAUCAAUCUCUCUCUCUCUCCAAUAUUCAUUUAUCUAUCAAUCUCUCUCUCUCUCUCAAUAUUUCAUUUAUCUAUCAAUCUCUCUCUCUCUCUCUCAAUAUGUUCCUCAAUCUGUUAUCUAUCAAUCUCUCUCUCUCAAUAUUUCAUUUAUCUAUCAAUCUAUCUCUCUCUCUCAAUAUUACCUUCUCACCCCUCUCUCUCUCUCUCAAUAUCUUUCUCACCAAUCUCUCUCUCUCUCUCCAAUAUCAUUUAUCUAUCCUCUCUCUCUCUCAAUAUGUUUCAUUAUCUAUCUCUCUCUCCAUCUCUCUCUCUCUCUCUCUCAGUAUUACACCUAUCUCUCUCUCUCUCUCUCAAUAUUACACUCAUAUCUAUCUCUCUCUCUCUCUCUCUCAUAUUUCAUUAUCUAUCAAUCAAUCUCUCUCUCUCUCAAUAUUACUACCAUCUCUCUCUCCAAUAUUACGCUCUCUCUCUCUCUCCAAUAUUACACUCGCUCUCUCUAA